AUGCAACAGACAGCGGCCUUGGAUAAGUACGAACAGAGAUACGGCCCGGCUCUCGAAAACGAUGGACCAUACCAGCACCGACGAGUGGCAACGGAAGCACAGCCGGCCCAAAUCCAGGGGCAAGUCGAAGGAAUACAACCACAGCUGCAGAUACAGGGCAAGAGAAUACGCGGACCACUACGGGCUAGGACUAAUGGCGACGCCCCGUCGAUAGUAACGGCACCAGACCCUAUAGACGACGGCCCUACGAUCGUUGUAGGGGACCAGGAACAGGAAAAGGGCACCAGCGCCAGAGAGGAGUAG